AUGGACCACGAUACACUCCAAAAUAAAAAGUCCCUGAUAUUGGUAUUGCUUCCAAAAGACGUGAAAGACAAGCUCGGCAGGCCAGGAGAGAUAGAUCCCGAUAGGGGGGUGGCACUUCUUAAAUGGAAAUCCGAAAUCGAAAGUCAAAGAGAUAUAUUGAAUGGAUUUCAAAUAGCCACAGUUUUAUCGCUAGGAGAGGAAGCAGAACAGACGUCGUCGCCUAAGAAAACGAAGACGUUCGUCAGGUUUACCUUUUCCGUGUAUCAGAAGCUAGUCCAAACUCUCAGGGAUAUCAUGCGUUCUUUGAAACCUCCGACUGCGGCUGACCCUGAAUCAUUCCAGUUCGAGGUCUGUACCUCCUGUAGAGAAGUCUACAGCGAAGUCUUCAAGACUCAGUGCUCCCACUUCUAUUGCAGGAAUUGCUUAAUCCGCAUGGUCACGAAUUCUUUGGAAGAUGCAUCCUUGUUUCCCCUCAAUGCUGUCAAAUGCCAAUUGAAGGAUCAGAAUUGA